CACCCUCUACGCGUGACUAGGAAGGGGGGGGAGUGAAAGAAAUUUGGCAUAAAUGCAGAAAUCUCUGGUUGAACUGCAAUACUAAAAUAAAUCAUGAACAUUUCGGAGUCAAAGACCAUCACUGUAAUCGGCAGUGGGCUCAUUGGCCGCUCCUGGGCUAUGGUGUUUGCCAGCGGAGGCUACAGUGUGAAGAUCUAUGACAACCAGCCAGGACAGGCUGCCAAAGCUAUCCUUGAGAUAAGUCAGCAGCUGAAGGAGUUGGAGGAAGCCCACAUGCUUAGAGGGGAGCUCACCGCCACACAGCAGCUCACCCUGAUAAGCAGCUAUGACGACUUGUCUCAGGCCCUGGAAGGAGCCUUCUUUGUUCAGGAAUGUGUGUUCGAGCAGCUUGAAAUCAAGCAGAGCGUCUUUCAGGAGGUUGAGCAGAUUGUGGGAAAGGAUGUCAUCCUGAGCAGCUCUACCUCAUGCCUGGUGCCAAGCAGUGUCUUCUCUAAACUUCAGAACAAGAGCCGCUGCCUCGUCUCUCAUCCGGUAAAUCCACCUUACUAUGUCAAACUGGUGGAGCUUGUACCCCACCCUCAGACGACAGCAACCAUCAUGGACACCACCCAUGCUCUGAUGACCAAAGUUGGCCAGGUACCUGUCUGCCUGAAAAAAGAGAUUGAUGGCUUUGCCAUAAACCGGGUCCAAGCAGCUAUUAUCGCAGAGUCAUGGAGGCUGGUCCAGGACGGCGUUAUCUCAGUGAAGGACAUUGACUUAGUGAUGUCAGAGGGACUGGGAAUGCGUUAUGCUUUUAUAGGCCCCAUGGAAACAAUGCACCUCAAUGCCCCUGAAGGUUUGGAAGAUUAUAUGAAGCGAUAUGGCAAAGGCAUUCAGAGAGUCCUGACUUCAUUUGGGCCUGUGCCUAACUUCUUCGAUCAGGGAGCCGGGAGCAUCGUUGAGGAAAUGUGUGAGCUCAUUCCCAAUGAUGAGCAGCAUUUGUCAGCAAGGAAGGAGAGGAGGGAUCAGCUUCUUAUGCAACUGUCCAAACUGAAGAAAGACCAGUGAGAGCGCCAUCAUCAAGAACAACUUUAUAAUAAAUGCACACAUUUAUAGAUCAAUAAGGACUUUAAUUGAUUGUAAGGGAAAACCUCAAAAUACUGCAUUUUGAGGUGGUAAAAUUCUACUUUCUCAGCAAUCUAGAGUGUAAUUCAUGAAGGAUUUGAUUCUCUUUUAAAGUUUUCUAAAAUGUGGGAAGCAUUUGUAAUGUGAUGCUGUUAAGAUAUUGUUUUCUCAAUAAAUUCAGUUCAGUCUUUCAUUGUAA